GUGCGAGGGACGCCCGGCCCUCCCGCAGCCCCCCUACCCGGGCGCGGGGGGUGUCCCCGCCGUCCCCGCGGCUGCGGUUGGCCGCUGCAGCACAGCCCCCGGGGGCCGCGGGGGACCGGCGGCGGCUGGAGCUCCUGGGCGCUGCAGAACGGGACCAGCUCGGGGCUGUGCGGCUCCAGGCUGACCUCCAGCAACCGGGGAGGGCAGGAGGUGUCCCGGCUCCUUCGGGAGCCGCACCGCAGGCCUCCCCGCGGGGAGCGGCUGAAGCCCGCCCGGGAGGUCGCUGUGGGGGGACGAUAAUGCUGUUAUUUUCCCUCGCAGUGGAGAGAACAUGUCUGGGAUCAAGAGAGUGAUCGCAGAGAAAGACCCCGAUUACGAAGAGAUCACCGUCACCCAUCCCAGCAAGCGCCACAAAGCAGCCGAACAGUCAGCUCGAGAUGUUGCUGUGCAGAAGAUUGAAACCAUUAUAAAAGAACAGUUUGCUGUCGAAAUGAAGAGUAAAGAACAUGAAAUUGAAGUUAUAGAUCAGCGCCUGAUUGAAGCAAGAAGGAUGAUGGAUAAGCUGCGUGCCUGUAUUGUGGCAAACUAUUACGCAUCCGCCGGUCUCCUGAAAGCUGGAGAGGGGACCAGGUCGUGUGAUGCAACAAUUCUUAAUCACCCUUCAAUCAAGAAAUUCUUGGAAUCGCCCUCCAGAUCAUCAUCUCCAGCUAACCAGGGCUCAGACACUCCAUCUGCUAACCACUCCGAGAGCGACUCGCUCUCUCAGCACAAUGACUUUCUCCUGGACAAAGACAAUGGCAACUUGGACACAGACGAGCGGCUGACAAACAGCCUGGACCAGAGACAGAGCAGAAAUACUGGCCGGGACAGUUCAGGUGUUUCCAGCUCUCAAAAACCAGGACAGCGAAAUGCCGGACUGUCAAAUGAUGAAACCUCACGGCUUUAUGUGAAGAAAACAAUUGUGGUUGGCAACGUCUCCAAGUACAUUCCCCCUGACAAGAGAGAAGAAAAUGAUCAGUCGACCCAUAAAUGGAUGGUGUAUGUCCGAGGCUCCCGGAGAGAACCCAGCAUAAAUCAUUUUGUCAAGAAAGUUUGGUUCUUCCUCCAUCCCAGUUACAAACCUAAUGACCUGGUAGAAGUGAGAGAACCUCCAUUUCACCUGACCAGGAGAGGCUGGGGAGAAUUUCCAGUGAGAGUCCAGAUACACUUCAAGGAUAGCCAGAACAAGAGGAUUGAUAUCAUACACAAUUUGAAGUUGGACAGGACCUACACAGGCUUGCAGACACUUGGCGCAGAAACGGUAGUGGAUGUGGAGCUACAUAGGCAUUCCCUUGGCGAGGAGUAUCUCUUCUCCCAGUCUUCAGAGUCUGACCUUUCAGAUGUUCCUACAUCUUUACCACUGCCAUUGAAUAUCCCAGCCCCAGUCAAGGCUUCUUCACCAAUUAAACAGUUGCGGGACUCCAGCCCAGAUGCUUCCGUGGACAAAGGAUUCCCUGGGAAUGCUGAAACCGAAAGACAUGCCACGUUUUAUUCCCUGCCAUCUUCGAUAGAACGGACUCCCACCAAGUUAGCCACACAGAAAGUUGCCUUUGGCUCUCAAGGAAAUUCAGCCUUUCAACCCAUUGCAGCUAGCUGUAAAAUAGUGCCUCAAGGUCAGAGUCCAAGCCCUGCAGAGUCACCAGGAAAAUCCUUCCAGCCUAUCACCAUGAGUUGCAAGAUUGUAUCAGGUUCUCCAAUAUCAACCCCUAGUCCAUCUCCGCUACCUCGUACCCCAACCUCCACUCCGGUGCACAUGAAGCAAGGCUCUGCUAGUUCAGUUGUUAAUAAUCCAUAUAUUAUUGUGGACAAGCCUGGACAGAUGGUUGGAGCAGCAGCCACAAGCACAGGGAGCCCAACCAGCAAACUGACCAGUGUUUGUCAGGCCUCUCAUGGAACUUCAUCUCCUGUAUCAAAGACCCACGGGAGCAGUUUUGUCACCUCAGCUGUCAAGCAGGAGGACUCUCUGUUUGCCACCAUGCCACCCCUUUGUCCCAUUGGGAGUCAUUCCAAGGUGCAAAGCCCCAAAUCGGUCACUGGAGGACUUGGAGCUUUUACAAAGGUGAUAAUAAAGCAGGAGCCAGGAGAACUGCCCCAGCAACCCCAGCUACCAGCAACAGGGACAACCACGCAGACCUCUGUGCAGCAGUACGUCACUGUAAAAGGGAGCCACAUGUUAGCCUUGUCACCGCAGAAGCCUGUCGUGAGCACAGGCGAGGGGACGGUGCAGUCUAAGGUUGUUGGCGUUCCAGUUGGUUCUGCUUUACAGUCGACAGUGAAACAAGCAGUGGCUAUAAGUGGUGGCCAGAUACUUGUGGCAAAAUCUAGCUCUUCAGUAGCAAAGGCUGUUGGUCCGAAGCAGGUUGUGACUCAAGGUGUAGCCAAAGCCAUUGUGAGUGGAGGCGGAGGGACAAUUGUUGCUCAGCCUGUGCAGACUAUAACAAAGGCACAAGUUUCUUCUACAGGUGCUCAGAAAAGUACAUCUCAAGGCUCAGUGAUGGCUACACUGCAGUUACCAGCCACCAACCUGGCAAACUUGGCAAAUUUACCACCAGGCACCAAGCUGUAUCUCACCACCAACAGCAAGAAUCCUUCUGGGAAAGGAAAACUGCUUCUGAUACCCCAAGGAGCCAUACUGCGAGCCACAAAUAAUGCCAGUCUCCAAUCUGGUUCUUCUACAAAUAGUGGAGGAGGAGGAGGAGGAACAACCCAAAGCACAAGCAGUAACUUGUCACAGCACCUCACCUAUACAUCCUACAUCCUGAAGCAGACACCCCAGGGCACCUUUUUGGUUGGCCAGCCUUCUCCUCAGAGUUCUGGAAAGCAGCUGACUCCAGCUUCAGUUGUUCAGGGCAGUGUAGGAGUUGGAGCAUCUUCCACACAAGGACAAGCACUAAAAGUGAUAACUGGACAGAAAACAGCUCUGUUUACACAGGCUGCACCCAGUGGACAGACAUCACUGGUGAAAAUAUCAGAUGGGUCUAUAAAAUCAGUGCCUGCCUCAUCCCAGCUCUCUAAACCUGGCACCACUGUGCUGAGAGUAUCCGGAGGUGUUAUCACCACUGCUGCUGCUCCUGCUGUGGCCCUUCCCACAAAUGGGGUGGCCCAGCAAAUAGAUAAUGCAAGUUCUGGCUCAUCAUCUUCUGGAACUCCUGCAGCAAAGACAUCUGGACAGCAACAGCAAAUCUGUGUAAGCCAGAGCCAGUCUACUUCAUCAGUCGUGAAUAAGACUGCUACUUCCACUGUUGUAAGUGUUGCUUCUCUGAUGACUACACCAACGCCUGUGGCUGGAAAAGCUGCAGUAUCAGGGUUGCUAAAAAUCCACUCAAAUCAGUCUAGUCCACAGCAGGCUGUUCUGACAGUUCCCAGCCAGCUUAAACAGCUCGGUGUAAACACAGCUUCUGGAGGUGUUCAGACAAUACUCAUGCCUAUGAACAAAGUGAUACAGUCACUUUCUACCAGCAAAGUUUCAGCUGUUUCGGCUGUCACAGCAGCAAGUACGGUUGUCCCUAGUCCCUCUCCAGCAUCCAUCACUAAAGUUAAGAUGGAGCCUGAUUCAACAGGACAAAACUGCAAUUCUGUGGGUACCCAAGAAGGCCAAGCAGCAGUAAAAACAGAAGAGAGCUCUGAACUUGGGAAUUACGUUAUCAACAUAGAAUAUUUGGAGAAUAUCCAGCAGCUUUUAACAGCAAUAGUGAAGAAGGUUCCAUUAAUUGCUGAAAAAAAUGAAGAUGCAAGCUCUUUUUGCGCCAGUUCAGUGGAACAGUAUUACAGCUGGAAUAUUGGGAAGAGGAGGGCAGCCGAGUGGCAACGAGCAAUGACAGUGAGAAAGAUCCUACAAGAAAUCAUAGAAAAGCACCCCAGGUUUCACAAUAUUACUCCCCUGAAAACAAAGCACGUGGUGCACUGGUGUCGAUGCCAUGGCUACACUCCACCUGACCCUGAGACCUUGCGGAACGAUGAGGACUCAAUUGAAGAUGUGCUGACGCAGAUAGACAGUGAGCCAGAAUGCCCUUCAUCUUACAGCAGUGGUGAGGAGCUGUGCCGAAAACUAGAGGAACUGCAGCAAUUUCUGAAACGAGAACCAGAACACGAAGAGGAAGUAGAUAUUCUCAACUUUAGUGAGCCGUUGAAAAUAAACAUUAAGAAAGAACAGGAGGAGAAACAAGAGGAGAUGAAGUUCUACUUGGCUUCCUUGCCUGCAUCAGAGUUUGUGAGGGACGCUGCAGAGAAGAUAGGGAUUUCUUUUCAACCUGCCGAGGUACAAAAGAAUGUUUAUGCAUCAGUAAUAGAAGAUAUGAUUUUAAAGGCCACUGAACAGCUGAUGAGUGACAUCCUGCGGCAAGCGCUGGCUGUGGCAUACCAGACAGCCCCUCACAACAGCAUCUCUGAUGCCUUCAUUCCCGGCAGGACUCCAAGAGAGAUCACAGUGAUGAAUAUUCACAAAGCCAUCUGUAAUAUUCCCUUUCUUGACUUCCUCACAAACAAACAUAUGAAGAUACUAAAUGAGGAACAAUGAAAUAGAGCAGAGAAGAUGCCACAGGAACAGUGGAUUUAUGACUGAAGUUGGGUUGACAAAUCCAGUAUUUCUAUAGGACACAAUUACAUACAUUUAUAACAUUGGGCUACUAGAUUGUUACCUCCAAUUAAAGAUGCACCUUAAUGCAACAAAAUGAUGCUCUUUUCCAAAUCAAGUUGUUAAAUGUCAGUGUUUACUUGGUAAGUGUAUGUUCAGUGGCUGAACAAACAUUGUCAGUUUGCAUUGAAUUGCUAGCUGUGAGACUCCACAGGCCUGGUCCCUCUGAGACAGCUGUAUUGAUGAGACUGAACUUUUUAUUUCUUUUUUUUUAAGAAAAGAAAUUGGUUUUUGAUGCAGUCUAUAUACACGUUGUGUCCCCAUGCAGUGGGCAGAACAGUUGCUUUGGCACUCUGAAUAUGAGAAAAGUCAAAUGCAGCUUUUAAAGGUGGGCCACUUCAGUAGAUGGGUGGGUUUAUUGGUUAGAUUUGGCUGGGGGGGAGCAGAAAGCUGAUGGCUGCAAGAAAUUCUGCCAGUCCUGCUUGAGCAUAAUAUGUGUGACUGAGAACACAGCUGGGUAGGCUUAUUGUUAGCUUAUGCAGCUAUGUAUCACCUAACUGAAUUCUUUGCCUCUCUAGAGGUGUCAGAUGCCACCUUUAUCACCUCAGAAGGGGUAGACUGGCACAUGCUCAGUGAAGAUGAGCAAACCAUGGUCAGGCUUGGGAAGAUUUGACUGACCACUUGUCCUGCAGGGGAAGGGAGAGGAGCAAGGACAGUAUUCCAUGUUUGUGGGCUUGGACUGGCUGAAAACCUUUGCUUGCCCAGUGAGUGCCUCCUUGGGCUGCCAGGAGGUUUGGAGUGUGUUGGAGGGCAGGUGGCCAGCUGUGUUGUACAAGUCUUUAUGUUUUGACAGCAUUCACUAAUGAUCAGCUUGGACUGUGAAGUGCUGUGGGAGCAGCACCACUUUGGCUUAAGUUCUGCUUAACACAGGCCUGAUAGGAUCAAAAAAUCAGAGAUUUUUCUGCUUGUGGGGAGCUCCUCUGAUGUCUUGACUGCAGGAAUAAGUUCUGCUACUAACCCCAGCACUUAACUGUCUCAGGAACAUCACUGAUGUAGGAGACGUGUCUGCAGCCUGUCUGUCAACACUUUGAUGAAGAAGGCUUUGCUGUCAACAUCUUGACCACCCCACACCCACCACCCCUUUGUCCUGCCCCAUGGGUGCUUGCUAGUAGUGUGAAUAAGCCAUUGUAAAGUUGGUGGGACUCCUGUUGGACUGUCAUGCUUUCAGGGUGCUUGUUUUGUGAGGCAGUGCUGUCAUGUGGGUUGAGCAUGGGUCAAACAGCCAGAACCUCCAAUGCGCUGAUCUCAGCUGGGUCUCUGAUCUGCUGCAUGGCCUUUGAUUUAAUCACUCUGUGCCUCAGUUUCCCCAUCUCUGAGCAUGGGGAGCAGGAUACCUACCUCACAGGGGUGUACUGAGGCCUCGCUCUUGUUGGUGCCGUGCUUUGACAAUACAAAGCCUUUUAUAAACAUUAAACUACAGUUAUCUUUCCUGGCCUGGGGUAGGAACAGAAAUCUUCAAAAUGUUAUCUUUUGGUGCUUUUUUGGGGCUAGAAGACAGGUGAUGGUAACUCCAGUAGUGUGUAGGAUCUGUGGAAGAUGGUUCAGUUGGUGGUUUCAGGCUUCCAAGGAGAGUAGUGUAGGUUUGAUGCAGUUCUUAAACUGAAGAGGGUACUGUGUACCUCAGAUGAGGCGCUGCCUGUCUUCACCUUUUAGAAUUAGGGUCUGCAGGAAGGCCCCUCUCAGUUCAUCAGAGCUAAUGGGGAGUUACAGUUUGCUUGAAUAUAAGAGUUGGCAGAACCUGACCCUUGAAUCAAGGAAGUGGGACCAGUGGAUGAAGUCCAAACAGCAUUCAGAGAAGGACUUAAAUGCCCCCUAGAAAGGGCAUUUUGGAUGCUCUGGAUUCAAAAGAUAAUCCUGACUUGCUCAGGUGAGCUGAGUGCAGGACUGCCUGCACGAGUAAAGUGCACAGCUUAGUCCUGACAGUUUUUCAGCUGAGGUCAGCGUGAAGGAGUCGAGCAGUGGUGAUUCUGAUUGAGCUCAGUGUUGAGAGUCGGGAGGAAUCCAGGUAGCUGGGGGACUGCAGGCCCCACACUUUAUUCGUAGGCUGUAGUGAACUCACAGUGCAUACUGCUUUCAGGCGCCUCUGUACACAGCUUUUACAAAAGAGAAGGGCAUUUUCAAGAUAUCUGUUGCUAUUGCUAUGACAGCCUGCAGGUUGUAUGGGAACAGCCUUUUGGGAAAACUCAGUCAUGCUAUGAUCUUCUGCAAUGACACAUGCAUUUCCAGCCCCCAUCUCUUGUGGGCUUAGUUUCUGGGAUUUUGAUACACCCAGAUCAGCUCUUGAGGAUGCAAGAGCUCAUCUUUGGGCAUCUGUUUGCAAAUUGUGGCUUCCUUGCCUGUGUCCUGCUUUUCUGUGAGGAAUGGAGUUUCGGAAUGAGUCCUGAACCUGGCCCUGAAGCAGGCAGGUAAUGCCCCUUGUUCUUAAUGGGGUUCUUGCAGAGGAGAUAUAUUGCUACAUUUCUGAGCAACCACAGGUUAUUCUCCUAGGAGAUGCUGUAUUAAUAAUAUAUAAAGUUUGCUGAAGAAAAAUAAACGUGUUAAAAGCAGAUAGAAAAUAACACAUUUGAUUAGUCCUUCAGAUAUAGAAAACAUUUGCAACGAGUUCUUUGAAUUUUGAAAAGUGGUGGGAGAAAAAUUUGUUGGCGAGAAGUUCCUGUGGGAAUUGCUUGGAGAUGAGUUAGAGGUGGUGAAAUUUCACGCACCCAUUCAGGUGUGUGUGGAACACUACAGAUAAUAUGGUGUGUUGAAAUGUUACGGUAUAUUUCUCUGGCUUUCUAAAGAGUCGAUACAAGUUAAAGAUCUCUUUACAAAUAUUGCCCCUAUUUGUAAUGCUGAGUGUUUAAAUCCUUCAUGUUAUCUGUAUUAUACUGUAUAAUUGUGUAAGAUACGUAUGUUUACAAUAAAUUCUUUUAUUAGCUGUGCUAG